GCAUGUACAGCAGGUGACGUGUCUUGUCAGAGCUCCCGAUGCAAAAACAGGUCUCUCGCGAAUCAAGAAGGCUUCUCAUGAGUAUGGUCUCCAGCUCAAUUGUGAGUACAACUUGAAGACAAUUUCCGGAGAUCUCGUCGAUCCCAUGCUAGGUCUCGGAGCGAAGCAGUAUGCUGAGCUUGCUGAAUGGGCGAGUGUGGUCUUUCAUUUGGCCGCGGUGGUUGAUUGGACUCUGCCUUAUUCAUACCACCGUGACGUCAAUGUCAUGGGCCUGUACCAUAUGCUUCGCUUUGCCAAUACUGGUCAUCUGAAGUCAUUUCACUAUACCUCCUCGAUUAGUGCGUGGGGUACGGUCAUUCACCUCGCGGGCGAGAUGGUCCCCGAAGAUGAGCGGCCACCCUGCAACAUGGACGCUCUCAAAGAGCACUUCGGCUAUACACGGAGCAAGGCCGUGGCAGAACAGGUGGCGUGGAACGCGAUUGCCAACGGCUUUCCAGUCACAAUCCACCGCCCCGGCUAUGUAACCGGGCAUAGUGUGACCGGCAACUCCAAAGCGUCUGACUUGGUGAAUUAUCUCAUGAGCAGCUGUAUCCGUAUUGGCAGCUAUCCGGCCGCUCCCAGUCUCCGCAACCAAUUUACCCCCGUCGGUUUCUGUUGCUCUGCCAUUCUACGCUUGUCUCUGUGCUCUGCCACGCUAGGGCAUGCGAUCAACAUUGUGCGGCCAGACUAGAGUCAAACAGUGACGUUUGAAGAGACCUUUGAGCU